AUUGUUCACAAAUCUCCAUUGCAGAUAGUCAAACGAUGAUCACAUUUGCAUUUGAUGACGUGUCAAAUGAAACCAGUCAAAAUAAAUCUUGUUGCAUCUUACAAAAUUUUGGAGAUCCAGUUGUUCUUAGUGGUUUUAUCUUAAUAUUGAUCGGAUUAGUUCUUGGAUUAAUAAUCAUAUUCAUUAAGAAACUACAUUCUUCAUCCACAAUGAACACUAUCUUCAUCGUUAUCACCAUGAUAAUUAUUAGUACUGGUUUUGCGUUAUUAAUUUCAUGUGCAAAAUUGUAUGAAAUAUUUAUUUCUCUACCUUUGGCUACCGGAUUCACCAUCUUAGCCAUUUUUAUGGGUACGAAGCUAGAAGAUGUAGAAGAGAAAUUCAAGACGAUCUUGUUCAUGAUGUGUUUUGUAGUUGCGGGAAUUGGAUUCAUUCUCUUUAUUUUAGGGUUGAUAUUUAAAAAACAUGUUUUACAAAGUGACGCCUGGCUUUGUUGGUGCUGCUCAACGUUUAUUGUGAUUAUAUUCACAACAGAUUAUCUGAAGCGACACCGCAAAGAAGAGCAUUUUACUGAACUUUACGUUAUUUUCGUAUGGUUUUGUGAAUACUUCAUAAUGAGCGUCAGUUCAGAGUUUUUCUUUAAUUCAGUCCUCGACUGUCAAUGGAGCGGAGUGAAAAACUGAAUGAGGCAAUGAUUAGACACGAUGAGUAGAUCCUAUUUCAUUGAAUGCUUUAAUAAGUUCACAUAUAUUCAUAUGAAAUAUUUUGAAAAUUAUUGUAAAACAUUCUGUUGUUUAAAUAGAUGUUCUUUUAUGCAAGUGUUUCCCGAUUGAACUAAAUUUCUGCAUAGAAAAUAUUCGUUUAGAAUGCAAGCACACAUUGAAGCACAUUUUGAUUAUACUUAAAAUAACCACCAACCAAAUUGACUGAAAUGAUUCAUUCAACGAUCAUAUUCCACAAAGACCCACAUGUAAUGACACUGACAAAUAAUGUGCUUUUCAGUGAUUGUUUUUGUUUGUCUGACACUAUUUCAGAUGGAUGGUUUCCAUUUGUCCUCUAGACACCAUUAAACGAAUCAAUUUCGA